AUGGUCACGCGUGAAGCGUCACAUGCCGGCUCUUGGUACACGUCCAAUGGGAAGCAACUCUCACAGCAGCUUGACGGCUGGCUAGAAGCUGUCCCAAGCUCCACCACGCCCAUUGGCACGGCCUCCUCGGAACAAGGAGACGUCUCGAUACCGACGCCAAAUGCACGAGCUAUCAUCGCACCGCACGCGGGAUACUCAUACUCCGGGCCCGCUGCUGCCUGGGCCUACAAGAGCGCCGACUGGGCGAAUGCCUCUGGUGUGUAUAUGAACAUCACUGACCAUAAGUCCAGCAAGCGCGUCUUCCUGCUCGGUCCCUCACAUCACCACUACCUCUCCGGCGCCGCGACGACCGCGUGUGACAAGUACGCGACACCACUCGGCGACCUGAUCAUCGACACAGCGCUCGUCCAAGAGAUCAAGCAAGAAUGGGGUCUCGAGACCAUGAGCCAAGAUGUUGAUGAGGCAGAACACAGCCUGGAAAUGCAUCUUCCCUACAUCUACAAGAUGCUGUCACUACACAACAACCCCUCCUCCGUCCCUCUCGUGCCCAUCAUGAUCGGCAACACCUCCCCCUCCACCGAAUCCAAAUACGGCUCCCUCCUCGCCCCAUACCUCUCCGACCCCACCAACAUCUUCGUCAUAUCCUCCGACUUCUGCCACUGGGGCUCGCGCUUCCGCUAUACGUACUACGAGUCGCCAGACGGGGCUUCAGCCACCCAGUUGACGCGCAAGUCCAAGAUCGAUGAGGACUGGCCGAUUCACGAGAGUAUCAAGGCUGUGGAUAAGGAGAGCAUGGAUGCUGUUGAGAGUGGGCAUCACAAGCGGUUUUUGGAGCAGCUCAAGGAGACGGGCAAUACUGUGUGUGGGAGACAUCCUAUCGGGGUCUUCAUGGCGGCGGUCGAGAGUGCGGAUGUGGGCGAGGGCAAGGGGAGGUUCAAGUUUGUGCGGUACGAGAGGAGUUCCUUGGUCGAGGAUUAUGGUGAUAGCAGCGUGAGUUAUUGUAGUGCAUUUGCAGUGCUGUAGCGAGACUUGAACUCUGGAAAUCUCAAAGU